CAAAAGUUCACAUUUAUGACAGAUAGACAUCAGGGAAUUAUUAAAUCGGUGCUGAAGUACUUUCCUGGUUGCUACCACUCAUAUUGUAUUCGUCAUGUGAAAGAAAACUUCAAGAAUCAGGUGCUUGUCCAUUAUCGUGCAGCUGACAGAAAGAGGCUGCUUGAUUUAGUAAAUGCUGUUGCGUAUACUCCAAGGCUUAAUGUUUUUCAAAAGCUAAUUGGGAAGCUUACAUCAGGAGCCCCUGGUGCUUCCACCUUUCUCCUACAUGCCAACCCCGAGCAUUGGGCAAACGCAAUUUUUCCAGGUCCACGCUGGGGCACUAUGACAUCUAACGUGGCUGAGUGUUUUAAUAGUUGGAUCUUGGAGGCUCGUCAUCUGCCUAUCCCUCAUAUGGUUGACCAUAUCAGGCUUCAAAUUAUGCAGAUGAUGCAUGAACGGCGUAAUCAAGGAUAUAGCAUUCAAACCCACCUAUGUCCAGAUGCUGAGAAAGUGUUACAUAAAAAUGCAGAAGAUGGUCGGAGAUUAUCCGUGUUUACGUCCAACAUAAUGAUAUAUGACGUAAAGGAUACAAACUACUCAUGCAAAGUUGACCUCCAGAAUUGCAGCUGCUCUUGUGGCGAGUGGCGAAUCUUCGGCAUGCCAUGUAAGCAUGCUUGUGCUUGCAUCGAGAAGGCCGGCAGAUCCUUGUACCAAUUCACUGACAUUUGGUUCCAAGCUGAAUUGUAUAGAACAACAUAUGCCGAAGCAAUUAAUCCAAUUCCUGAUAUUGAGGAGCCGCACAGUGCAUCUGAAGAGAUUCACAUUCUACCUCCUAUGAAAAAGACACGUCCUGGCAGGCCUAAAAAGAAGAGAAGACCUUCUCAAGUUGAGUUAGUACGUGAUAUGAGAUGUGGACGAUGCGGGAAGCUUGGGCACAACAGAAGGACAUGUAAUGAGGUCAUACUGUAAACAAUAUGGUGCUCUACUAUACAUUGAAGAUUCUAGAUGGUCUAAAAGUGGUGCAAUUGCAAUGGCCAAAUGCUUAUCGAUGGUGCAGUCGAGAAUAUGGGGAAGGAUGUGGUGACGUUGUAGUAAAGGAAGACCUUUUGAAGUAAAGGAAGUUGAUUGUUGAUGUUGUCAACUAAUACAAAUUUUGGAUUAUUUCAGAAUUUAUCAAUGUGGAAUACUAUUAAGUUCCUUUUUCAUAUUAAUUUGUUGAUGUUAGCUGAUGCUAUGCCUUUUUGGGUGGCUGAUUUAUGUGGAGAGACCUUCUGUUGACUGGAAUUGUUCAGAGGAAGCUUUUUUUUUA